AGACCGCCGCCCCUGCCCCUUGCCGGCGCCGCCGCCAGGUGUACUGCCACCAGGUGGCCCUGGACGCGCCAGGCUGGGGGCACCUCUGAGCGCCCCGUGGGGGCCAUGGAUGGAGAGACAGCGGAGGAACAGGGCGUCCCUGCGCCCCCGCCAGAUGCACCCUGCGGACCUGGCUUUCCCGGCGCUCCAGCUCUUGGGGGGCGGUGGGAGCCCAAGAAGUACGCAGUGACCGAUGACUACCAGUUGUCCAAGCAAGUGCUGGGUCUGGGUGUGAACGGCAAGGUGCUGGAGUGUUUCCACCUGCGCACCGGACAGAAGUGUGCUCUGAAGCUCCUAUAUGACAGUCCCAAGGCCCGGCAGGAGGUGGACCACCACUGGCAGGCCUCGGGUGGCCCCCACAUUGUGCGCAUCCUGGACGUCUAUGAGAACAUGCACCACGGCAAGCGCUGUCUCCUCAUCGUCAUGGAAUGCAUGGAAGGUGGUGAGUUGUUCAGCAGGAUUCAAGAGCGUGGUGACCAGGCUUUCACUGAGAGAGAAGCUGCAGAGAUCAUGCGGGAUAUUGGCACGGCUAUCCAGUUCUUGCACAGCCAGAACAUUGCCCACCGAGAUGUCAAGCCUGAAAACCUGCUGUACACAUCAAAGGAGAGAGAUGCAGUGCUGAAGCUCACUGACUUUGGUUUUGCCAAGGAGACUACCCAAAAUGCUCUACGGACUCCCUGCUAUACUCCCUAUUAUGUGGCCCCUGAGGUCCUAGGUCCAGAGAAGUAUGACAAGUCAUGUGACAUGUGGUCCCUGGGCGUCAUCAUGUACAUCCUCCUAUGUGGCUUCCCGCCCUUCUACUCCAACACCGGCCAGGCCAUCUCCCCAGGGAUGAAGAGGAGGAUCCGCCUGGGCCAGUAUGGCUUCCCCAAACCUGAGUGGUCAGAGGUCUCCGAAGAUGCCAAGCAGCUCAUUCGCCUCCUGCUGAAGACAGACCCCACAGAGAGGCUGACCAUCACACAGUUCAUGAACCAUCCCUGGAUCAACCAAUCCAUGGUGGUGCCGCAGACACCACUCCACACGGCCCGAGUGCUGCAAGAGGACAAAGACCAUUGGGAUGAAGUCAAGGAGGAGAUGACUAGUGCCCUGGCAACCAUGCGAGUAGAUUAUGACCAGGUGAAGAUCAAGGACCUGAAGACCUCCAACAACCGACUCCUCAACAAGCGGAGAAAGAAGCAGGCAGGCAGCUCCUUGACCUCACAGGGCUGCAACAACCAGUAGCUCGUGGGACUUUGGAGGAGCCUGCCUUCUCAGCCUGGGGGAGACUGGAAAGCACUGAGGCCCUGAGCCGGAGGGCACAGGGUCGUUUUUUAAACAAAAUGAUUAUUUUAUUGUGUGUUAAUUCAUCACUUUGAACUUCAGGAUGGGGGACCCUGACUCCAAGCCUCUUUUAGGGUCUUGGCCAAUGAGGCCAGAGUCUGGGGGCUAGGGGGCUACCUGUGGCAGUGACAGCACCUUUGGCUGGAGUAACAGCUGUGUCAGCACUGGGGCAUGGCCUCAGCUUUUUAGGCCACUGGGAACUGUGUCUGGGCUUCCUUCUACUAUGAAGACCACACCCCCACCCCCACCCCUGCAGAUGGGUAAGGCCUUGAGAAAGGUUUCUGGCCUUUGGUUGCCAUGGUGACCAGGGACGUUGCUAUCUAUGAAUGCUAAGUGAGUGAGUUAGGGAGGAAGAAGGGCAAUUGAGGAUUGCCUCUGUCUUCUUGGGGAGGCGUGUCUCCCUCACUUGGCUUGUACUUCUCAAGUCCUUCCUCUUCCUGAGGUCAUAAGGUCCAGUCUGCCUGCCUCCCUAGGUGGGCCUGUCUUGCUGCAACCCCAUCCCACAGGGCCCUUGAGCUUUCUCUCCACAGUUCUGGGCCCAGUCAUCUUGUUACUACCCCUUACCCAGAGUGCUCUCUCAUCUCAGCUGAGGGUGGAAGGUAUUUUUAACCCUUUUCUACUUUGGAAAUGUCACUGUGACAAAAGCCAGUACAGUUCUUCAGCCCCUACCUGCUUAUUGCAUCCCUGGCAGGAAAACCCUAACGGUUCAUCCUCUAACCUGGUUAUGGAAGGGGAUAUCUCUUAGUAUAUUUUUUGUGAAAGUAGAUGACUGGGGGCAGGGUUCAGAGGGCCCCCAUUAAUCAGGGGUCUCUUUCUAUACUCCAGGUCAGACCCGAGGUGGUGGAGGGCUGCUGAGAGGUGCUUAGAA